AUGGACCGGUUUGACAGCCACCUGCAUUUAUCCAGCAAGUCCAUCCCAGUCAUGUCAGCCAUCGUCGUCACAGGCAGCUCGCGGGGCCUCGGCCUCGAGCUGGUGAAGCAAUUGUUUGGUCGAGUGAGUGAAACCAGCGGGUUAUUGAUCGUCACAGCUCGACGCUGCACUCCGGCGUUGAGCGAGGCGAUCGCCCAAUCGAAGGGGUCCGCAGUCUCCGUUCCCCUGGACGUGACGGAUGAGGAACAGGUCGCUAGGUCGGUGGAAGAAGUACGCUCAACUCUGAAUGGGCACAGCUUAAAUAUUCUGCUCAACUGUGCGGGCGUUCAUGGAGAGAUUCACGGGAAGAUUGCUCUUAUACAGUGCAUACCACUGAUGCAGAACAGUGCCGUGAAGGAAAUCAUCAACAUGAGAGUCCACUCAAGUGGCUUUGGAUCCAUAACAUCAGCACAGGAUUACAUAUAUGCACUGUGUCCAGCCUACAAGAUCAGCAAGGCCGCGUUAAAUGCACUUACUGUACAGUAUGCACUGUCGUAUCGAGAUGAGGGCUUCACUAUUGUUGCUGUAAUCCAGGAUGAUAUGGGUGGGAAGAAUGCCGAUCUGACUCUCUCUCAUGGCGCAGAGGCCGUGUUGGAUAUCGUGGCAGUUCUUGAGACCAAGGAUAACGGGUGUUUUAGGAAUCUGUGCACCCGGAUGGGACGGGUCUGA